UGCGCCGUUAGACGGAAGUGUGUUUCGCGAGCUGGUCGCGUUUUGGGGGUCCUUUGGAAGGCAGCAAUCACAUGUGGUGCGUUUUUGAUCCAUUCGGGUGGAUUCUGUAUGGGGCUUUUGGGGGAUUAGCAACAACACGAGUGAAAAGUGAAUAAGCGGCUUAGUGGUUUCAAGUUUUUAAUCCACCGGUGUUUGAGUAGUAAACAACAUCAGGUCAGUUUGGAUUGGCUUUGGGAAUGAUGAACACUUGCUUUGGGGGUGUUUUGUUUGGGUGUUAGAUUAUUUGUACGGCUCAAAGCUGUGGUCUGUUGAAUGGAGCUUCUAAUCGUCGAAUGAUUAAUUGCGCUCUUGGAGGGUCCUUCCGGUCGCUGGACGUCGCCCUCGAUAUUGUUCUGCGAAGGCCAAUUGUCUGAGAUUCGAGUGAAUAAUUGAUGCCAAACAUAAAUCAGUGCCAAGUGUAAUUACUGCAACCAGGAGUAAAGAGCUGUCCGUUGCAUAACGACGAAGACCGGUAAACGACCGAAGACAACGGAAGAAUUGCAAAUUCCAAAAAGUAAAAACAAACCCGGAAGUUACGUGGUGCUUUUCAAUUGUGUCUGACACCUUGCCGAGCUUUGCAUUUUCGUUGGCUCCUGGAUUCAUCCUAGUCUGGUGGCCACUUGCCAAACCUCAAAUCUUUGAGCCAAACAACCAAAGAGAAAGAAAAAAAACUCAAAUAGUGCGGCUGCUGCAGAAUCUCUAACAAGUGUAUCUCGCUUCUUGGGUAGCUUUCGGGUAAUUGAUUGAACUCGCCUUUCGUCGAAGUCACCGAGUAGGAUGGCCCCCAUUUUUGGUGGUGGCAAAGGCUUGGGGGCCCUCCUUAUGCCCUCACUUCUGCUCGGCUUCUUAACGUUGUCCGGCAUCCAGGUGCAGCAGACGGAAUCGGCGGCAGCUGCCUCGUCCAAUAGCGUCCAGGUUGCAAACGCUGUUCUGGAAGAUCCCGAAUUUACGGACAUCAUCGAAAACAUAACCGUGCCGGCUGGACGGAAUGUCAAGCUGGCAUGCUCGGUGAAAAAUCUUGGAUCUUAUAAGGUUGCCUGGAUGCACUUCGAGCAGUCGGCCAUCCUGACGGUGCACAACCACGUCAUAACCCGGAAUCCCCGGAUCAGCGUAACGCACGACAAACACGACAAGCACAAAACGUGGUUCCUGCACAUUUCGAACGUCCAGGAGGAGGACAAGGGCCGGUACAUGUGCCAGAUCAACACCGUCACGGCCAAAACGCAGUUCGGCUAUCUGCACGUCGUCGUGCCACCCAAUAUCGACGAUUCGGUUUCAUCGAGCGACGUGAUCGUCCGGGAAGGCAACAACCUGACGCUGCGAUGCAAAGCCACCGGAAGUCCACCACCCUCGAUCAAGUGGAAGCGGGACGAUAAUACGAAAAUUGCCAUCUCCAAGAACGUUAGCGUUCUCGAUUGGGAGGGCGAUAGUUUGUCGCUUUCCCGGGUUUCCCGAUUCGAUAUGGGGGCCUACCUUUGCAUAGCCACGAAUGGAGUUCCCCCGAGUGUCUCCAAGCGGAUCAAAGUCAGUGUCGAUUUUCCACCAAUGCUUUGGAUACCUCAUCAACUUGUCGGAAUACCGAUAGGGUACAAUGUUACCCUAGAAUGUAAUAUAGAAGCUCAUCCUACCUCACUCAACUACUGGACACGGGAGAACGAUCAGAUGAUACACGAUUCCCAGAAAUAUAAAACUGAAUCCAUCCCUGGGACGCCCUCGUACAAGGCCGUUAUGCGAUUGUACAUCAGCGAGGUGCAGCAAAGUGACUACGGCAUCUAUAAAUGUAUCGCCAAGAAUCCUCGGGGCGAAACCGAUGGGACAAUUCGAUUAUACUCAUCCAGUCCACCCACGACGAUACCACCCUCGACAACGGAAACGAUUACCACGACGAUGUCCUCAACCAAGUCCUUCGAGCUGCUGUUUGGACCUACCACAAUGGCACCAAUCAAUUUCUUCGAUAGAGGAAUCAAAUACCAAUCGGACAUGAAUGCAGUUGACCGAUCGGAUCAGAGCGCUGGUGAUAACUCAAAAUCUAACAAAGAUCGCACUUCCUCGAAACAUUCAAAGGCUAAUGGUUCUUCCCAUCCUCUCCCCCUGAAUUGGUGGUGUUUAUUGCUCCUUGUACUGGUUCCCAAAUGGACUCACUCCUCGGUUUCGUCAAACCAUUGACGAUAACUGCCUUGGACCGAGUUCAUGUAACUUAAUUUGUUGUGAAUAUUGUUACUCAAAGAAAAAAUAGAAAAAAAAAUCAUUGAAUUAUCUUUGAACAUAAAACAAAAUCUGUAUAAAGUCAACGUUGAAUGAUGAUCAAACACAAAGCACAGCAUGAAUGAAAGCGAGAGAAUGCAACAUGGUUUUAGUGAGUUUGUUUUGAUAGAAAGAUGCGUUCUGCUUAAGCUGAAUUCGAUAGCCAUGUGACCAAGUCCAGCUCUCGGAUUCAGAAGAAAAAAGAUAAGAAGUAUUUGCUUUGCAGCUGGAAGACUACACAGUACAUAAUCCAAAAAAAGCAAAGAUAUAAAGUUCUAUAGAUAAAUUUUUAUUAAUAAUCCAAGUUAAAUGGGAGAAGCCAGGAACAUUCAGGUUGAAUGGUCAAAGUUGGGCUCCUAAUCCGUUGAUUUUUGAAAUGUAAUCAAACCAGCAAGAAAUGAAUAAAACCUGAACGCGAUAUUAUAUUUGAAAGCGUAUUGCCUUACAUACAAGAUAAGCCACAUUAUAAUGAGUGUUAACCAAACCGAGUUAAGCUAAGAUGAGAGUUUCAAAAUGGACAGGCAGCUGCGGAAUCUGUACAACAUAUUGCACAGUGGUAAAAGUUUGAUGUAUGUUUUAUUGACACAUUUUUCAAUAUUUUUUUUUUCUUUAAAAGUAUUUUUAAAUAAAGUUCAUUUAUCUUUUUUUGUUAAAUUUAAAAAUUAUUUUUCCCUAUUAUUUUUAAUUCAAUUUAUCUUCCAGCGAACUAUAUUAAUAGAUAAAACUGGAAAUGGAAUGAUUUUUAUAUGUAUAGGUUGGAAAAAAGUAGUCAAUAUUUUUUGUAUUGAUUUGAAAAUAAUCUUAAAGAGGACUCUUUAAAUUGUGUAAAUAACAAAGCAUUAAAACAUGUAAAUCUAGAUCAGAAUGAAUAAUCAAAAGCCAAAAAAUAAUGCUAAGCUACAGGAACAAAAAAAAAUCAAAAAAAGCAAAACACAAAUUAACAUUAAGGAACAGUAUUCUAUAGAUUAAAUACGAAAUUUAACGAAACAUGUAAACUACUGUACGCGCUGCGCUUUCAAACUGAAUCUGAUUCAACAGAUGGUAAAUUGUAAUCGAAAACUAUCAAUCAAAAUGACACCUGUGUGAGUGAAUGUUGGAAAAAGUUACCAUGAAAUCAUCGAUUUCAUAUUUGAUAGCAAAUAUCUAGACACGAUUGAGUAAAAUAAUCCUAAAAAUCACGAUAAAAAAAAUUAAAAGAAGUAAGUUCAAGCUCAAAGGAAAAAAAAAUAUUGAAAUAUAUAAAUCGCUGGUAAAACUUAUCAUAGUUAGACAAUGAAAUAAUAAAAAAUUAAAUAUAAGCCAGUUUCUGUUGAAAACUAUAGCAAACAACAAAGAAUGAAGGGUAAAUGUGAAAAAAUAAUAUGAAAACACACUAAUGAAUUGAUUGGUAGCAUAGACUAAAAUGCACGUUGGAAAUGGUCGAAAAAAAUGUACAUUCAGACGAUAUAAGCUACAAAUAUACUACGCUAUAAAGAAAACAUAUGAUUAAUACAAACAAAAUCAUCCUUCACACAAUGAGUCAGGAUGCAACAGAAUGAAGCUGCAAAAAAUGGAAUCGUUGUACAUUAGACUUAUGAAACAGAACUGAGGUAUAUAUAUUUUGCUUUAAAAA